CAACCCUGGGAGAGGGACUGUCUAAUUGCAAAGCAUGUUGGGUACCGUAGUCCUCUAACCCUGCUGCGCGCUGCAACUUCUUCGAUACUCCACACAUUCAGGCUGCCUGCAACGGAUCAGUAUACAUGGUGAUGGAAUUCCCCACAACGCCAGACCUAGAAGACCCAGGCCCAGUGGGGCCUCCAGGGGGGCAGAAGCAGCCUGUGAAGUCCCACCUGCUGGCCUCCAGAGAGCUCCUGGUGGCCUCCCUGUAUAACCUGGCCCCCCUGCUGGACAGGACCCUGGCAUCCGGCCUGCUCUCCCAGGAGAACUACUUUGAGGUGGGGGCAGAGAGGACCCCUCAGGGCCGGGCACGCAGGCUGCUGGAGGUUGUCCAGGCUGAGAUGGACGAGGCUGGGGCCAGAGGCUUCAUGGAGUGCCUCGGGAGAUGCAAGCAGCACUACCCGCGCCUCAGAGCCUGGCUCAGAACUGAUGCAGAUAUUCAGCGUGGACCCACAGAGCGUCAGCUGCAGGCCCAGCUCAGAGUCCUGUGUGGCCGGUUGGGGUUCUCUGUCCUGCCAGUCUCCCUGGAGCUGUUCUCUAAUGGCACACUAACUCAGUUUGAACUGGACCAGGUCCAGGCAGCGCCCACAUCUUACCAGCAGACCCACCAGCUCCUGUCCGUCUGUCUGUCCAAGGGAGAGAGGGCCUGCUGUAGCUUCUACCAGGCACUGGGCAGCGAAGACCCACAGCUGGCCUCGGACAUCAGUGUGGAGGAUCCUGGGGUGUGUAGUACUCCUGUGGAAGUGAAGGAUGAUGGGUUAUGUAGUACUCACACAGCAGUUGAGACCAGACAGACUGAUGGGAAAGGUCGGUCUCUCCCAGACACCCACAUACUCUCGGAUGUGCUCCAGCAGGUGCUGUCCCUGCUGGCUGUGGCUCCAGGUGAGGGGGCCAGGCUGAAUGUGUGUGAGCUGGGGGUGGCAGUGGGUCUGCCCAGGAGGACCGUCAGAGAGUGCCUGUUGGAGGAGGUUGAGGUGGGGGACAUCGUUCAGCUCAGGGCCCUGGUCACCCUCUUCCUCAGUAAGACCCAGGAUGCCUCUAGGCUGCUAAAUAGGGUGGCAGAGUGCACAGCACAGCGGGUGCUGCUCUCUGAGAGGGGAUGUAUGUUACUGAAGCUGCUGUCUGUGGCUGAGGCCUUUCUCCGCACUGGGGACCACCUGCAAGCUGGGGACCACCUCUGUACUGUGGACCACAACCUGCGAGCUGGGGACCAUCUCCACACUGGGGACCACAUAGACAAAGUGUGGAACAUCUUUAGUUUGGUCCUGUGGGACAGCAUGGCAGAGGCUCUGGAGGAUCCUGGGGCUGCAGUGGAAUCAUUGUGGGAUCCUAGGGAUGCUGUCCGUCUGUUACGAGACAGUGAGAGAGUGGAGACAGAGCUUCUCCAGGAGUUGGAGGAAUGCUGGGCAGACGGGGGAACUGAGAGCCUGUUACAGAGUGUUACAGUACUAGCUCAGUUGCUACGUGAUCUCCACCCUCUUCAGGACAGUCUGCGCCUCUCCCCUCCUGAAGAGGGGGCUGUGUACCCCUGCCGCUCUCGCAGACUCCAUAGAGUCACCCGUUUCCAGGGCCUGCCUGCACGGGUCAUCCGCAAAGCACUGGGACACGGAGCUCCCUCUAAGCACCCAGUCCCAGCUGGUCUCCCCAUCCAGUACAGAGAUCUCUGCCUCUGCAUCACACGUCUGCUGGACAGGGUGCACCCACAAGAAAGCACUACCUCCAUAGAUCUCUCCCAGGCUCCUAUUGCUACCAUCACCCAGCACAUCUGCUCAACCCUGGCCCGGCCGGCGUUCGGCCCCCAGAGCUUUGAUGCUGGGGUGAGACACAGGGUUCUGUCUGUGGUAAAGUAUGACCCGGUCAGGUGGGGCCUGCUUAACUUACAGGAGCUGCAUAAAGACACUCUGUUGGGUCUGGAGAGCUACCUGAAGCCAGGGGAGCAUCACAGCUUCCAGCUUGUCCCAGAGAAAGUACGGAUCUUCGGAGGGCCAGAGAUACGCUGGGGAGAAAGGGUCAGGGGCCCAGUCGCCAUCGACAACGGGAUAGAGGAAGUCCUCCAAUUUGUCACCUCCGAGCCAGCCUCCUUUCUUAUCAGUGUUAGUUGCCGCGGCUAUGACAGGGGCCAGUACUUUGAGGUACACGAGCCGCAGUGUGUGCGUGUGUCUGGACUGCAGGAGCAGGGGGUGGGCGAGGUGCAGGGUUUAGGGGGGACAGUGUUGGUUUUGGCAGUAGAGGGCGAGACAGUGUGGAUGAGAGAGGAGAGGCAGGGGAGGGAGUGCGGGACAGAGCUGGAGCAGGUGUCUCAGAGACACUCCGCCACACUACAGGAUGGGGGCUGCUGCUUCAGUGUCACGACCCCAGGGACACGUUGCCAGGUCAAGUUCAUCUACAAGACAAGGAGGAUCUCUGCUGUGGCCGAGAGGGACUGUGAAGUUUUCUAAAAACCCUAUUCGCACAGGACUAGUAUUAUUAUGGAACGUAGGUUAUGUAAUUAUUGCCCCAGCAUGUCUGUUUGACCCUAUGGACGAUUCGGACGGGAUUAGUUUUACCCUAUGGACGAUUCGGACUGGAUUAGUUUGACCCUAUGGACGAUUCGGACUGGAUUAGUUUGACCCUAUGGACGAUUCGGACGGGAUUAGUUUUACCCUAUGGACGAUUCGGACGGGAUUAGUUUUACCCUAUGGACGAUUCGGACGGGAUUAGUUUGACCCUAUGGACGAUUCGGACGGGAUUAGUUUGACCCUAUGGACGAUUCGGACGGGAUUAGUUUUACCCUAUGGACGAUUCGGACGGGAUUAGUUUUACCCUAUGGACGAUUCGGACGGGAUUAGUUUUACCCUAUGGACGAUUCGGACGGGAUUAGUUUGACCCUAUGGACGAUUCGGACGGGAUUAGUUUGACCAUAUGGACGAUUCGGACGGGAUUAGUUUGACCCUAUGGACGAUUCGGACGGGAUUAGUUUUACCCUAUGGACGAUUCGGACGGGAUUAGUUUUACCAAACUGCCCCUGUAAAUGUUGUUUUUUUCUCAUUCAAAAUGUACCGUUAUGACAGAGGCCUGGAGGCUCUACGAUGGGCAUGAUGGUCUUCAGUUCAGAGAAAGUCAUAAUAAUAAUGCAUAUCACUAAGAACCAUGAACUGUAACCUACGCAGACACUUAAUUACCUGAUGGAUCUGGCAAUUUAUCUUUUCAUUGGCACAAUAUCAUCCACUUCAUUUAAAAGAGAAGUAUGUCUCUAGGAAAGUUGAUUUGUGAAGAAAAUAAAACGGUUAAUUCAA